AUGAAUAUGCAACACUUCGGAUGGCUGAUGAUCUUCUCGAUCUUUGUGAUCGGACCGCUGGCCGCGACAGCUGAAGAUAGCUCAUCUGGGCCAACAAAAAGCGGCGUCUCCAUUCCUGCGAGUAAUCUCACAAGGCCCCUAGGUCACAAACACACGAUCCUAGUCGAAGGAAGGGAGGUGAGAUGCACACCGGCGGCCAUAGAGGAAUUUCCUCGCCCUUUCCUCGACGCAAAGACGCGGGCCCGUGGUGGCAUCCUGGUCUACGUUUUUCUAGCAAUAUGCAUAAUACUGACGAUAUCCGUACUAUGCAAAGAAUAUUUCGUGCCAGCUCAAGACUGUUUGAUCAAAUACCUCGGGAUGAAUUCAGACGUGGCGGGCGCGACUAUCAUGGCAGCCGCUAGUUCCAUACCAGCUCUCGUCACCUCUGUGAUCGGCGUGAAUGUUGUCGAGAACGAUCUCGGUCUGUCGACGACGCUCGGAUCUGGGGUUCUCAAUGCCGCGGGGGUUCUCUCAGUCUGCGCUCUCUUCGCGGAUCGUUCUGUUGAGCUCCAUGCGUGGCCUUUGGUCAGGGGCUCGUUCUUCUUCCUUCUGAGCAUGCUCAUCGUCCUGUUCGCGCUCAUGGACAGCGAAGUAGAUUGGAUAGAGGCGACCGUCUGCCUCCUAGCUUAUGCUCUAUACACUCUCGCGCACGUAUACAACGGGCCCCUGGAAAGAUUCUUCAAAUAUGUCACUGGACUUCAGGACCGAGAUGAACGCGACUUGACCAUCGUUGACAGCCGAGUGCGAUCGCAGGCAAUCAUUAUGGAGACCAUAGUGGAUGGUUUCUGUGUCAUAUCGGAUAUCGAUGACAUGACCGCGAAGAAGCUCAAAGCCAAAGGAAAGGAUUGUAAGCUCGCCAAGGCACGACCGGAGACUGACCCGAAAGCAUGGGGGAACCUCAGUCUGGGUCGCAAAAUUUUCCGCAUACUCACAGCUCCUUCUGCUAAGAUUCUCUCGUAUGUGAUUCCGAAUUGCAAGAAGCCCGGAUUUGAGAAAUACUUCUUGCUCACUUUCGUAAUGUCCGGGGCCUUGAUCGCGACCCUGUCGUACAGCCUCGUCUGGAUGAUGGCCGUCAUCGGAUUCACAUUGGGUAUCCCAGAUAGUGUACUAGGCUUGACGCUCAUGUCCUUCUCUGUGACUCUUCCGGAUGUGAUGGCGGCCGUUCUUGUGGUCAGGAAGGGUUACGGAGACAUGGUCGUCUCCUACGUGCUGGGCACAAACAUUUUCGAAGUUCUGGUCGGUCUCGGCUUGCCCUGGCUCGUGCAGACGACCAUCAUCAAACCAGGGAUCGCUAUCGAGCUGCAGAGCGAAGGUCUGAUCUACUCCACGGCUAGCGUAUUGUUCACAGUAAUCCUAGUUCCGACAUUGACGUACGCUACUCGAUGGAAGAUGAACAAAACCUAUGGAGCGAUCCUCCUCGUGUGGUAUCUGACUUUCAUGAUCUUCUCGUGCCUGUAUCAAAUGAAUUUCUUCAAUGACUCCAAUCCGCCGUCUUGUGGAAGUCUGUACUGA